UCCCCUGAAUUGGACUGGAUGUACAACAGGCUGGCUGCCUUAAUGCUUGUGCUGCCUUGGUGGAACGUGCCGCCGUCGGUCUGGACAGUAUACAAUGAACCAUGACCAUUCCAAGAAGAUCCCUGAUGGAGCGUCGUUUGACCGCUCAGGAUCCCAGGACUCCUUGGAUGAAUUGUCUAUGGAUGACUACUGGAAAGAACUUGAAAACAUCCAUGAAACCAGAGGAAAUAAUCACGAGGAACGACUAGCACUUGUAGUGAAAGAGCCAGAUGAGGGAGAACUGGAAGAAGAAUGGCUGAAGGAGGCAGGUUUGUCAAAUCUGUUUGGAGAGAGCUCUGGCGACUCCCUGGAAAGCAUGGUGUUCUUAUCCACACUGACUCGAACCCAGAAAGCUGCGGUGGAAAAGCGAGUAGAGACUGUCACACAAACCAUGAGGAAAAGAAACAAACAGCACCAGAUUCCUGAUGUCAGAGAUAUCUUCAGGCUACAAAAUGACUCAAAGGGAAAAGUCUGUGAUGGAAGUGAACCUUCAGCUGUGAGAACAAGUGAAAACAAAAAUGAAGCACAUGAUGGAACAAAAGGUCCAAAGUUCAGUCUUGGAACAGAUGAGCAGAAGAGCCUGCUUGAAGACAUGCCAUCUUCAGACACUGACAUCAAUUUGGAGAUAUCAUUUGCAGAACAGGCAGCUAAUCUCAAAGACAGCUCAGCAGGCAAAAUGUACAAAGGUGGAGGGGGUGACACUCUUCUCCCAAAUUUCAGACUGCCGAAGGACAAAACAGGUACCACAAAGAUUGGUGACCUAGCCCCUCAGGAUAUGAAAAAAGUCUAUUCUUUAGCACUGAUUGAAUUAACUGCUCUCUAUGACAUACUUGGGACAGAAUUCAAGCAGCAGAAAGCUGCAAAAAUCAAAACCAAAGACUCUGGCUUGUUUGGUGUCCCACUGUCACUUUUACUGGAACAAGAUCAGAAGAAGGUCCCAGGAACCAAGAUCCCACUGAUUUUUCAGAAGCUGAUUGCCCAGAUAGAAGAGACAACUCUGGAAACAGAGGGACUUCUUAGAAUACCAGGAGUUGCGACAAGAGUAAAGGGUCUUUGCCAAGAACUGGAAGCAAAAUUUUAUGAAGGGACUUUCAACUGGGAAAACGUAAAGCAACAUGAUGCAGCAAGUCUUUUAAAACUCUUCAUCCGUGAACUGCCUCAGCCACUCCUCACUGUAGAAUAUCUCAAAGCUUUCCAAGAUGUGCAGAAUCUCCCAACGAGGAAACAGCAACUGCAAGCUUUGAAUCUUUUGGUUAUCCUUCUACCUGAAGCAAACAGAGACACCCUGAAGGUACUGCUUGAAUUCCUCCAAAGGGUAAUUGAUCACCGAGACAAAAAUAAGAUGACGUUAAAGAAUGUUGCGAUGGUGAUGGCCCCAAACCUUUUCACGUUUCAUGGGUUUGGCUCAAAGACCAUUGAACAAAGCGAGUUUGCUAUGGCAGCCGGGACAGCAAAUGUCAUGCGCUUUAUGAUUCAGUACCAAAAACUUCUCUGGACAAUUCCAAAGUUUAUUGUUAAUCAAGUGAGAAAACAAAACACUGAAAGCCAGAAGAAAGAGAAAAAGGACAAAGCUAUGAAGAAACUUCUGAAAAAGAUGGCAUAUGACCGGGAAAAGCAUGAGAAACAGGAGAAGACUUCUAAUGAUACUGAUGUUCCUCAGGGAGUGAUACGGGUGCAAGCGCCUCAUCUUUCCAAAGUUUCCAUGGCAAUACAGCUGACAGAAGAACUGAAAGCUGGUGAUAUAGUAGCCAGGUUUCUCAGCCAGAAAAGUGGAAAUGUCCAAACACUCAAGAAAGAAGAGGUUUUUCUUUAUGAAAUAGGAGGAAAUAUUGGAGAACGCUGCCUUGAUGAUGAUACCUACAUGAAGGACCUUUACCAGCUCAACCCAAAUGCUGAGUGGGUUAUAAAACCUAAGCAGAGCUAAGAUCACAACUAAUGGCAAAACCUCCAACCUGUGGACUUACGUUGCAGGGCUGAAUGUUUCAAAGGGAUAAUGUGUCCUUUCAACAUUCAACCAUUAUGUAUAUUAAUAGAACUUCAUCUAGUUUAAAAAAAAAAAAAAAAAAGAAAAAAAAGAGAAAAAGAUAAAGCUGUGGUAACCCAACAGUUACAACCAGUAAACUUUCAGUUUUACUUGCAGCAAAAUUUUGGGAGAUAGCACAGUUUUCCCACUCAUGUUUGAAAUGAGCAUGAGAACUUUACAUAUUUUAUAUAUAAUUACCUUAAAUAUUUUAAUGGCACCAAGCUACCUCCCAUCUGGUAGGUCUUGUUUAAGAAGAAUUUACUUUUCAAACAGGUGUUUAAACUCUUUAUACUAGAGAUCUACAAUCUGUUUGUGUAGCAUUUUGUGUUCAUAUAGGUCUUUUCAGUGCUAGUACAAUAGAGAACCAAAUCCUGAUCAGCACUUCUUAAUGGUACAGUAUUAAAAAUACUUAGCCCAGUCAUAUGAAUUUCCCAAAUAGUGUGAAUUUCACAGGAAAAAACUGCAAUGCAAUGGAUUUUGUCUUUGGAAGACCUAAUUUAAAGUUUGAUGAAACUAUUUAAAAACAACUGUGAAAAUGCUUUCUAUGCAGCUUUUUUGCUAGAUCUUUUAAGUAAUUUUAUUUUUACUCGAGUUGAUUGUGCUCUUGAGAUUAUUACAAAGAAAAGGAACAAUAAAACAAAGAAAGGAUCACGUGACAAGGUGAGUCUUUUUAAAGCUCACUACUCUUGCCACUGUCUUUACUGGCAUAUUAUCAUGCACUAGAAAAAACCUUUUAGGUUUUUCAACAGUGUAAUGAAGCCACGUUAUAAUACACUGAUUUCAGGUUUUUUGGGCAUCUGUUAGAUUGAGUUUUGUGAACUGCCAAAACUUUUCUAUUACUAGCGUAAUAAAAACUUUCAGGAAAAAUAAAAUAACUGUAUAAGGAAGCUAGUCUAAAUUUCAUAGGUAGCAAACCUUUCACUCAAAAACAGUGUAAGGGUCUACUGUGGGUAUUACCUACCGUCAGCUGAUAUAUCUGGUCUAUACUGGACAAGGCUAGAAAUCAAGUUCUGAUUUCCCUGAUGCUGAUAGAUGCUGUCUAAACCACUUCAAAAAUUAGUGGUCCAACAGAGAACUAUUGCAAAUCCAUCCCUUUUCAGGAGAGGACUGAAAGCUCCCCAUGGAAUUCACUGAUAAUGAAUUAUAGAAUGAGGAGACUUGUUGCAACACAAAGAACAGUGGCCUGGAGCUCCAGAGCUCCAGUCUCACAGCAACACUUUGGGCUCACUAGCUUGUGUACCACUUCACAAUUUAUUUGUAAACUAGCUCAGCUGUGCUCAAAUGCUUACUCCUGCCUGCUGACUACCUGAAGUAACCACUGUGAAAUUGUAUCCUUGGAAUGAAAUACUUUCUUUCAAUGCACACAGAGAUUUAUAUUGACCUCAUAGGGAGUAUUCUCCAUACAAUCAAGGACUGAAUUAGAUUUCUUUUGCAUGAUCAAACCUGAUUAUAGGAAUAAAGGACCUUUCUGCUGAGCUUUG